GGCAAAUCUCAUACCCAAAAGAAAAAAAAAAAAAAAAUGGAAGGAAGAUUGAUCAUAUUGGGAUUGGCUUUGAUCCUUAUUAGCAUUGCAACCAUACCAGUAGCAGAUUGUGCUUACCACUCUGAAACUCUGCCUAAUGUCAUGAAGGAGAAGAUCACAAAGCUCCACUUCUUCCUUUUCGAUAUCCUCAGUGGCUCCAAACCAAGUGCAGUGGAAGUAGCCCGUGCCAACAUCUCCAAAGGUGACACGUCACCGACGCCGUUCGGCAGCCUGUUCGCCAUCGACGAUCCUCUCAAAGACGGUCCCGAGGCGACUUCGAAGGUCAUAGGCAAUGCACAAGGGCUCUACGUAUCAUCAUCAAGUCAGCCUGGCACAUUGGGAUUGGUGAUGUAUGUGGAUUUUGGUUUCACCACCGGUAAGUUUAAGGGAAGCUCUUUCACCGUGGCUUCGAGAAAUCCGGUGACGGAGGGUAAACGUGAGCUGGCCAUCGUCGGAGGGAGAGGUGAGUUUAGGAUGGCUAGAGGGUUUGCGAAGCUUAACACCUAUUUUUUGAAUACUACUAAUGGUGAUGCCAUUAUUGAGUAUCAUGUGACUCUCAUUCAUUAUUGAUGAGAAGGCAUCCAGGAAUAUCUAAAUUUGUUUCUUGAUUAUUAUGACUAGAGUCUAGGAAACGGCUGAUAUAGAAUUAUAUAUAAUAAUGAUGAUGAUUUAUUAUAUGGUUGAUCGAAUAUUACUAUGGUAAUACUAAUAUGAUACUCUUUUGUGUAUUAA